AUGGCGACGCCAGAUUCUGACGCGACUUCUCAGCCUCAAGACUCUGAUUCUCUUUCCAAUCCUAAUCCUCCCAACGCUCUCGUCCCCGCUGCUCCUGCCGUUUGCCUCCUCCGCUUCGCCACCGACUCUGCCGGCGGCGCUCUCAUGGGCUCCGUCUUUGGAUACGGUGCUGGAUUGUUUAAGAAAAAAGGUUUUAAAGGAUCCUUCGUAGAAGCGGGAUCUUAUGCAAAGACAUUUGCAGUUUUGUCUGGAGUUCAUAGCUUGGUUGUUUGCAUCUUGAAAAGACUUAGAGGAAAGGAUGAUGUCAUUAAUGCGGGGGUAGCUGGAUGUUGCACUGGUCUUGCUCUAAGUUUUCCAGGUGCUCCACAAGCUCUUCUGCAGAGCUGUCUCACUUUUGGGGCAUUUUCUUUUAUUAUGGAAGGGCUAAACAAGCAGCAACCAGCACUUGCAGUUCCCAUGUCCUGGAAAAAACGAUCUGUUAAAUACAAUGUACGUACUCCCAUGGCACUCCCCCUUCAACUCCCUCUUCCAGAAGAACUAAAAGAAGCCUUCUCUUUUUUCUCCGAGUCCCUGAAGAAGCGCAGCAAGGGAUCUUAUCCGACAUCUCAAUAA